UCUCUCUUUCUCUCUGGCCCACCGUUAUUCUAUUUUUUGUCUUCAAUCUCUCAAUUUCCCUCUUUGUGCUUCUGUAUGGAUUGGAUUUCGUGCUUGCUUGCUUGCUGGGCUUGAAAAAUUGGGGUUUUGUUUGUGGUUGCACAAUACAAUUGGUUUGUGGAUCCUAUGUGGGUUCGGGUUUGGUAUCUCUCUACCGUCCCAAAUACGAAUAAAAACAUGUGAAAUUGAAUGAUGGCAAAUGAGGACUAUGAGGAUGUAUUGUUUUCAGACUACGAUGACUUCAUUUCUAAAUAUGAAGAUGAAGAUGAAGAUGGCGAACCUGAUAUUGGUCCCGGGUUUGAGUGGAGUUCUGAUCCCCUCCUCAAAGUCAAACUCUCUCACCCUUCUAAAAUUCCUCGCCCUAGCCGUACCCCUAUCCCUACCCCUCCCCCUACCAUCGACUCCAACCUUCAGCCUCAGCCUCAGAUCAUAGAGCUAGACCCAUUCCAUGUGCCAAAAUGGUUCUCAGAGACAGAGAUUUCUGAGGAGGAACGAUAUGAAUGUUCUGUCUAUGGAGAGAUGCUGUUAGACCGCUACAACCAAGUUAAGGGCACGGAUUUUGAAUUUGUGAGACUUGUGAAGAUGAAACUAUUUCUUGCCGCUGGUGUAAGUUUUAAAAUUCAAUUUGAGGCCAAGCCCAGAGCUGCUGCUGAGUACACCCUGAAAACCUUUGAAGCUUUCGUGUUCAAGGAUGCUGUCUAUAAGAAAGUGUGGCCCCAGAGUUGCCGACUAGUUAGCCCUAAUCGUGACUCUGUGUAUGAUGAAGAAUAUUGCCGUCCCAAUGAUGAAGAAUAUCGCCGUCCCAUGUGCACUUAUGAAUGGUAAGCGACUUUGGUCCUCCGAGUUUGCACUUAUGAAGUGCUUGAUGGUUGGGUGGUGAUCGUAAUUGAUUGUAUUAACUUUCUGUUUUUUGGUUUGAAUGACCUGCAACCAAUAUUGCAAAUUUUAUAUAAUCAAAAUUAUUAGCGACUCUCUCUUGCAUAUAUUCCUCUAAUUUAUCUGAUUAUUAGGUGUA